CCCUUUGCGCUUUCACUGUACAUCCAUACUCUCUCUAUUUUUGAGAGAUGACAUUUAUGCAAGCAGCUGAGCUUUCAGAUUAUAUCCGAGUGUGUGAGGAAAUGGUGCCUCGGGGCAGAUUUACUGCCAAGUGAGGUGUUGUGUAUGUGUUAUGCGAUGCUGUGGAAGUUGACUGCAAGUCCAGUUGAGGUCACCCUGCAGUUAGGACGAUUUCUUUGAUUUUUUCCUUUUUUAUAACUCUUUUCUUUUUUGAUCUGAGCAUCCCGUGUAGGCGCACAGGAGUCAAGUACGCAUCGUGCGGUGCUCAGAGCAAAAGAGGAGCUUGGGAGGGGGGUGAGGGGAGGGAUGGUGGUGGGGGUUAGCCUGUUUGUGUCACACAGAGGGAGAGAGAAACAGUCGGGAGAAAGAGGAAGAGAGAGGAGUCUGUGUGAUCACUUCACCUCCGAAUGAGUUCUCCUGGGGGAUCUGUCAUCAAUAGCAACCAGAAGAAAAGAGCAGAAAUAGAAGAUUGACUUCAGCCCAGGUAAUAACAUCCCCUAUCACAUCUCCAGCCCCUGCACAGAUGACAGAAAUGGAGCCCCCUCUGUCCACCCCCUGCAACAUCCAGAUCUGCGAGGUGACCUGCGACUCCUUCCGUAUCGUGUGGGACAUGACCCCCGAAGACACAGCCAGAGCCACGCACUUCUUCAUCGACCUGAGCCGCAAAGAGAACAGGGACCCCAACCGCUUCAAACACAGGGAUGUUCCCACCAAGCUGGUGGCCAAAGCUGUGCCUCUCCCCAUGGCCGUGAGGGGACACUGGUUCCUGAGCCCGCGGACUGAGUACUGUGUGGCCGUUCAGACGGCUGUCCGGCAGCCGGACGGCGACUACCUGGUGUCCGAGUGGAGCCCGGUGGUGGAGUUCUGCACCGGAGACUAUGCCAUGGAGCACCUGCAGCAGCUCCUGGACAAAGCCAAAGGCUCGGCCGGCCGGCUGCUGAAGUUCUCUGUGUUCUAUCGCAAUCAGCAUCCCGAAUAUUUUGACAUCGUCAGGAGGGAGUGGGGAGGACUGAUGCGCCCGGCCCUGAAGGACAACAGCGGGAGUCACGGCUCCCCCAUCAACGGCAAGCUGCAGGGCGUCUUCUUCAGCUGCAACACCGAGUUCGACACGGGGCUGCCCCCCAGAGACUCCCCGUACGGGCCCCUGCGGUUCCAGAUCCCGGCCGGGCGGCUGCUGAACCCCAACACCCGGCUGUAUUUCGCGGACUUCUACUGCAUGUACACGGCCUACCACUACGUGGUGCUGGUGCUGGCGCCCGCCGGCACCGAGGGCGACGCCUUCUGCCGCACCCGCCUCCCCGCCCUGGACCUGGCCUCCAACCCCUUCCUGACCUACGCCGCGCCCCAGAGGCCGGGGGAGGAGCCUCUGUUCUGCCACGCCAGCGACGUGAUCCUGGAGGUGCUCUUCAGCGAGCCCGUCCCCCUGGAGCAGGGCCGGCUGGAGCAGAUCAGCGGGCACCACCAGCUCAUGAGCCUCACCACGGCCAACGCCAAGAAGGACCCCAGCUGCAAAGUGUGCAACAUCAGCGUGGGGCGCUGAGGGAGACACGCCCCCACGGGAGGCAUCUCGCGCUUUUUGAGUCUGAAGACGCUGACUUAGACAAAGCAGCUGACCCACCGUGUGUCGGUCUGAGCUGCUUUCCACCUCCCCUCAGUAGUGUUGCUUUUUUUUAAAAGAAGUUAGCUCUGAUGAUACUUAUUCCAGAACUCUGUUAUGAACUAAGCCCGUAAAAACGAUACCCACACAUAACUGCUGAGAGAAACAAUAUAUUAGGAUUUAGAAGAACUGCUAGAUAAUCAUUUGUCCUCUCUCCAGAUAUCUUAAUUAUGUUUUCUCAGUAUUUCCCCCAUGAUGUGUUUUUCAAAAUACGUUUGAUGACUCUUCUACUGAUAGUUGGGUUUGAGCUAAAACAUUACAUAUUCUUUUUUUUAUUCUGCACUUGUCAUGGUUGCUUCUAUUCAUAGCCACUGCCGCACGUUUUGAUCUCAGCAACAGUGUGCAGCAGUUUUGCCAAACAGCCUCCUAUAAAAGCUGAGCGCAUCAUUUUGAUUAAAAAACUGGUCGUAUUUAACUCUCCUCCGAAACGAUGAGCGGUGACACUGAGAGCCGUUCAGUGUAUUGGGGCGGUGAGCAUUUGAGGCAGAAGACCCAAUUAAAUUUCUGCGGUGACUCUGAUAGCAUGCACGUGGUCUGUAAACAGAGCCACGCUAAGAUUAGCAGCUCUCCUACUUUGGGCCUCUUUUGGCCCCUUACUCAAAAACCUCUCACCGACUACUAGCUAAGCCAGCUGCAAAAGGGGGCCCCCUCCUCGGGUGUGAACUCUUAUCCACACCAUUCUUCACGUCGCCUGCGAAAAGAACUCCAGCGCGUACAAAGAGAACUGGAUGGGAACAUUUGAUCCAAG